UCCUGGCCCUCCUGCUAGUGGUCUCCGCCCCGCUCCGGCUGCAGGCGGGCGAGCUGGGUGAUGGCUGUGGGCACAUAGUGACCUAUCAGGACAGUGGCACUAUGACAUCUAAGAAUUACCCAGGAACUUACCCGAAUCACACUGUUUGUGAAAAGACUCUCAGAGUACCGAAGGGGAAGAGACUGAUUCUGAGAUUAGGAGAUUUGGAUAUUGAAUCCCAGACCUGUGCUUCUGACUACCUUCUCUUCACCACCAAUUCUGAUCAGUAUGGACCAUAUUGUGGAAGUAUGCCCGUUCCCAAAGAAAUCCUACUGAACACAAGUGAAGUCACUGUUCACUUUAAGAGUGGAUCUCACGUUUCAGGACGGGGAUUUUUGCUGACCUAUGCCAGCAGCGACCAUCCAGAUUUAAUAACAUGCUUGGAACGAGCUAACCAUUAUCUGCAGCCAGAAUACAGUAAAUUCUGCCCAGCUGGUUGUAGAGACAUAGCAGGAGACAUUUCUGGGAAUCUGGUAGAUGGAUACAGAGAUACCUCUGUAUUGUGCAAAGCUGCCAUCCACGCAGGAAUAAUUGCAGAUGAGUUGGGAGGUCAGAUCAGCGUGCUUCAACGCAAGGGGAUAAGUCGGUAUGAAGGAAUCCUCGCCAAUGGUGUGCUCUCGAAAGAUGGUUCCCUGUCAGACAAGCGAUUUCUCUUUACCUCCGAUGGUAAGGACCACGUUUUCCGUUGCAGCAAAUCAUUGAGUUUGGAACCUGAUACACAAAUCAGAACUACUUGGCAGUGGGUCAGUGAGGUGGGGGAACAAGUUCAUUGGUCUCCUGGCCAAGGCCAGCCUCAGGACCAAGACCUAGUCUCGGCUUCUGGGGACAGCAGCAAGAGCCGCAAACAGCGAGAAUGGCUGGAGACCGAUUUGGGAGAGAAAAAGAAAAUAACAGGAAUUAUGACCACAGGAUCCACACAGUCGAAUUUCAACUUUUAUGUUAAGAGUUUUGUAAUGAAGUUCAGGAACAAUAACUCUAAAUGGAGGACCUAUAAAGGAAUUGCAAAUAAUAAAGAGAAGGUGUUUCAGGGUAACUCUAAUUUUCGGGAUCCAGUGAGGAAUAAUUUUAUCCCUCCCAUCGUGGCCAGAUACGUGCGAGUUGUCCCCCAGACAUGGCAUCAGAGGAUCGCCUUGAACGUGGAGCUCUUUGGGUGCCAGAUUACACAAGAUAAUGAUUCAUUGGUGUGGCGCAAAACAAGUCCAAAUACUGUUGGUUCAACUAGAAGAGAAGAUGAGAUAAUCACAAAAUCCGUCCCCUCGGAAGAAAACCCCACAGGAGUAAACGUCACAGCUGUGGCUAUUCCACUGGUGUUCCUGGCUCUGACGGUUGCUGCAAUGGGAAUCUUUGUCACCCUUCGAAAGAGGAAGAGGAAAGGAAAUCCAUAUGGAUCAGCGAAGGCCCCGAAAACAGACUGUUGGAAGCAGAUCAAAUAUCCCUUUGCCAGACACCAGUCAGCUGAGUUUACCAUCAGCUAUGAUAAUGAAAAGGAGAUGACACAAAAGUUAGAUCUCAUCACAAGUGAUAUGGCAGAUUACCAGCCUCCGCUCAUGAUUGGCACCGGGACGGUGGCGAGGAAGGGCUCCACCUUCCGUCCGAUGGACACCGAGGCGGACGAGACCGCGCCUGGCUCCAAAGCCGGCGGCCACUACGACCGCCCCCUGCUGGCCGGCCGCCACGAGUACGCCCUGCCCUUGACCAACCUCGAGCCCGAGUACGCCACGCCCAUCGUGGAGCGGCACGCGGCGCGCGCGCACACCUUCUCCGGCUACCGGGUGCCCGGGCCGGUGCCGGCGCACUCGCACUCGCUGUCCUGCGGCAGCGCGCCCUACCAGAGCCCCGCGGCCGCUCGCCCCGGCUACGAUCGGCCGACGGCCGGCGGCCAGGCCGCGGACCGCGCCGAGCCCGACUACCAGGAGCCGCGGGCCAAGCCGGCCGCCUGCGCCGCCUACGCGGCCCCGGGAGACUGCCUCCGACCCCUCAGCCCCACGGCCAUGACCGCUCUUUUGUGAGCACACUGUGAAAGCAACCUGCUGCGGUACCGAGCGGCGGGCUGUGCGCGGCCUCGGAAGAGGGGAGAUGUUCAAGCCCGCGUGUGAACGCGGGUGUCUGUGAGUGAGGCAGUGCGUGCGCGGGUGAUUUCAUAGGAUCCUGCGGUGGAGUCCCGGGGACCACCGCCUCUCCUACUGUUUACAAAGUGGUGCGUCUGGUUUUGUUCUGACCCUUAGGGCGAGGGUCUGUUGGUUUUUGUUGGGCUAGAAAAACGAAAAUUUCCAGAUAGCAUUUUCAUUUCUCUGCGAUACUGAGCUGCUGUGGUAUAAAAUGUGCAAUCUGUACAGAGUUGUAUUUAACAUGAAUUAAAGUAACUUAAGUUCACUUUAUCAGAUUUUAGUUCUGCACAGUGGUUAAGUGGGAGAAUGCAGCUGUUGCGAAAUCGUAUAUAAUAGUAAGUUCACUUUUUAAGUAUAUUUUAUCUGAUACUGUGUUAGCAGCAGGUCUGUUUAAACUUAAUCUUGUUAUUGUGGCCCAUUUCUUUUCCUUUGAUACCUAGAACUAAAAGCAUUGCUAACAUUCUUCCGGAAGGAAUGAAAUUACUUGAAGCACGAGAAGCGCACCAGGGUGGUGGUUAGCAAUUAUGAUUGUAGAUGAAAACACAACACAGCCACCUCAGCAGCUGUCUGUUCCUUAGACGGGAAGUGUGGCGGCCAGUAGGGGCAGGGGCGUGCACGGAGCAGGAGGUCUCCGCGGCCCGCAGGGGGGCGGGGGUCUCCCUGCCCGAGGGACCUGGUCUUUGUCCCACUUUGCCUCUUCCUCACCUCAGGCCUAGCAGAUACUGUGCAGCCUUCACAUGCAAAUCCACCCUUUCAAACUCUGCAAAGCCAAGUGCUGAGAUUUAACAGCAACCGGAACUGCUCUCCCAGCAAACUGAACAGAGGGCGGCACAAUUGUAGUCUGAAUUACUGUGACCGGUGCUUUUGUACCUCAGAUUGGAAAUAUGGCUGAGGUCAGAUGCCCACACUUUUCGUGACUUUCUUUAGAAAUAGCACACUGUACUAUGAAACACAAAGCUUCUGAAAUGUGGUCUUACAAAAGUGACAAAGGCAAAAUCCACAUCGAGCUUUUCUCCUGAGAUGGUUAGGGAGUGAACUGAUUUUGUAAAGAAACCCUUGAGCAUGUGUCUCUAAUCCCAGAUUAGUCAGGACCUCAGCUGUACCUCAUGUCCAGUGCUUUUUACCUGAGUUUGCUUUGGGUUCGUGGUGGGGGGUGGGGGAAGAGUUAACCUCUUUUGCCAAAGAGGAAAGUGUAACAAAAAAUGUGGACCAAAAAAAUCCUUGACCUAAAAAACGUAUUAUAAUCCUAUUUGUAGGACGAUGACUUUCUGUGGAACUACAAAUAUUAAAAUAGUGAGGGUGCUGGACCUUCACAGCAGACUUUUUGGUGACUUUAGAGGAGAAACCGUUUACUUUGUGGAGUUUACAUGGUUUUUUAUGCAUACUAAUUGUAAAAAUAAACUAUGCCAAAUCACAGA